CUCCUGAGAAAGAGGCAGACGGAUCCAUGUACUGCCCUUGGAUGAUUGGGGUAUAAAGGUUGUCGAACUUCAAGCAGAUUCUCGAGCUUCUGGCAAGUCUCCCUCAGCACUUCUACAACACACAACUCCCUUUGCCGGUCAAAGGAAUUUGUCUUCGUCGUCACUCGAUAACAACAUCGUCUCUAUCUUGCUCCUAGCUCGAGUCCAUCGCGAGCUCAUCUACUUCCACUACUCACAACUUUAAAUUUGACUUAACCCGUCAGUCGCCAUGCGUUUCAAUCUUGCUUGCUUUGCCCUUGGGCUCUUCACUGCUGUAUCCGCGAUUCCCGUUGCUGUGCAGAACAACAACGGCGCUGUGGAAGCUCGUGCCCCAUCCUCUAAUAAUGAGUUCGACCUCCGCGAACUCGGUGGAGCCAUAGGAGUUAACGUUUACCACGCCCGUGGUACCCAAAUCUUCAAUUCUCGUGGUGAAGAGAUCGACGCUCGAGAGACCUUCGGCUUUACCUCUGCUGAUCUCGAGUCGCGCGAAGCCUUCGCCGCCGCUAUCUCCUCCAUCUCCAGCAGGGCUCCCAACAAAGUAACCAUCAAGGUAACAUUCACCAAUGAUCUUAGUUCAGACUCCAACAACCCCGAUCGCGCCAAAGCUCAAUCCGAUGCAAAGGCAGCUGUUCAGUCACUGCUUAACGCUGCUGCAAAGGAGUUGUCUUUGGAAGGAAAAACUUUGGACGUCAUCUUUUUGAACGACUACCACUCCAGUCGUGGAGAAACCACGGAGCAUGUCACGUUCACCUUUGACGAGACUAUUUGUGCGGGAACUUGUACGGGACAUGCGUUCGGAUCUGGAAAAGGAGAAAUUUUCAAGCACGAUCACUCCAAGAUUUUCAGUAAGAAGUAAACAUCUUAGUAGUGUAGUAGCCCUUCAGCUACGUGGUAGUUACCCAUUCAGAGUAGAGUAGAGUUUGAGUAUAGUGGGGACAUCGAAUGAAACGAGGAUUUGUGCUAUCA